AUGGUCAGCGUCACCGAGCUCUGCCCGUUGUCCCUGGAGAUCGUCACCCGGCCCUUCAACGACGGUGCGUACCAGGUGCUGCUACCAUCACUGCUGAUGUACGCGACGAAUUCCAGCGCCUGCCCGGGUCUCUGGCGGAUCCAAAACAUGGCAAACCUCCCGAAAUCGAAGCCAGACCCUCGGCAGAGGAGGCGCAGGGACCCCCCGGGGGGCUGGAGGUCCCCCCCGGACUCCAGCAGGGUCACGGCCGCCCGGAGCCCUGCGGGAACAAGGGGAGAUGGGGAUGAGGUGCCGGAUCCGGGGCUCCGGGCGGCCGUGACCCUGCUGGAGUCCGGGGGGGACCUCCAGCCCCCCGGGGGGUCCCUGCGCCUCCUCUGCCGAGGGUCCGGGUUCAGUUUCGGGGAUUUUGGAAUGUACUGGAUCCGCCAGAGACCCGGGCAGGCCCUGGAAUACAUCGCAGGGAUCUACAGCGGUGGCAGCACCUUCUACGCGCCGUCGGUGAAGGGCCGGGUGACGAUCUCCAGGGACAACGGGCAGAGCUCGGUGACGCUCACCAUGAACAGCCUCAAGGACGAGGAUUCCGGAUCCUAUUUCUGUGCCAAAUCUUAUAACACUGGUGCUAGUCCUGCUCGUAUUGCCGUGACCCUGCUGGAGUCCGGGGGGGACCUCCAGCCCCCCGGGGGGUCCCUGCGCCUCCUCUGCCGAGGGUCCGGGUUCAGUUUUGGCAGUUUUGACAUGCAAUGGAUCCGCCAGAGACCCGGGCAGGCGCUGGAGUGGGUCGGGAGCAUCAACACUGGUGGCAGCACCUGGUACGCGCCAUCGGUGCAGGGCCGGGUGACGAUCUCCAGGGACAACGGGCAGAGCUCGGUGACGCUGACCAUGAACAGCCUCAAGGACGAGGAUUCCGGAUCCUAUUUCUGUGCCAAAGCUGCUGGUGGUUACUAUGCACCGCUCUCGUUCCGCGGCUGCGCCAAUGGGAAGGUGCCGGCAGCCGACGCGCCCGGCAGCAGACACAGAACCCAACCUUACAGCUCACGUUCCGAGUUUUUGGGCCAGUCACACUAA